UAACCUCGCCGCUCCCCAGCACCCCUGUCCCGUUGCUGUUCGCGUCCUCCCCGAGCCUACGCUUGUUGGCCGGCAGGCGGCGAUGUCGCGGGAGCUGCCGCGCCUGUUCAAACGGCGUUGAGCGGAGCCUCAGGAGCCGGUCGUGGGUGACCGGAGGAGGAUCUGCGUCUUGGUCAUGUUGCUGCCCUGCUUUCGUGCCGGCUGCAGUCGGACGUCGGGACGGCUGCGAGUGCAAGCGGCUGCUCGACAGCUCCCCUGCGCACGGGCAUCGUCUCGUCACCGCUGUUACCGCCUCACCCACCGGCAGCUGCUGCGGCUGCGGGGCCCGGACACCGGCGCCUUCCUCCAGGGCCUGGUCACCAAUGAUGUGGAAGAAGUGGUGAGCAGGUCCCGGGAGGCCCUUUACUGUCACCUGCUCAAUCUGCAGGGGAGGACCAUGUUCGACGUGAUUCUCUACAGGUUGCAUACAAGCCAAGAAGAGCCAACCCUCCUUGCAGAAUGUGAUGCCACGUUGCUUGAUGAUGUUCAGAAACACUUGAAAAUAUACAAGAUUAGAAGGAAAGUGGAUAUUUCCCUUUGCCCAGAUCUUUCUGUGUGGGCAGUACUUCCAUCUGGACACUCAGUAGAUACCAGCAGUAAUUUAGAAGUAAAUGGAAAGAAGGUACUGGUGUGUACACAGGAUCCUAGAACUGAUGCCAUGGGAUGGCGGUUGGUAUUGAGCAAUACUAACAAUCCAUUGGACAUUGUCCCUGAAAGUCAUCUAGGUGAUAUCCAGGACUAUCAUAGACAUCGGUACAAAAUAGGAAUUGCUGAAGGUGUGAAAGACCUUCCAUCUGGAGAAGCAAUACCUCUGGAAUCCAACCUAGUGUACAUGAAUGGGAUUAGCUUCACCAAGGGCUGUUAUAUCGGGCAAGAGUUGACAGCUCGGACUCACCAUACAGGAGUAAUAAGGAAAAGGUUGAUGCCAAUCCAAAUGGACAACUCUUUGCCUCCGGGCAAUAUUCCUGAAAAAGCGCAGAUUGUUUCUGAAUCUGGAAAGUUGGCUGGAAGGUUCAGGAAUUAUGAGGGUGAUGUUGGUUUAGCCUUGAUCCGACUUACCUAUGCAAAUGAACCUCUUCAUGUGUUCACAUCAGGUGAUGUUCGUGUACAAUUGACAGCGUCAAUGCCAAAUUGGUGGCCGAACAACGAAAAGAAUAAAUGAAAUAUAUAUUUGUACUGAACAUCUACAUUUUGUGUAAAACUAUUUUCUUAAACAAACUUAUGACCAAGUGUUUUGUGUAAUUUUUCAUUUCCUUUAUUUUUCACAAUCAAGUUUAAUAUCAUUGGCAUACUCUGUUGUGAAAUUGUUUUGCAGCAGCAGUACAUUGCAAUACAUAAUAAAAGCUCUAAAUUACAAAAAAAAAUUAAAGAAAAUUAAAUAAAUUAAGUAGUGCAAAAUAAAGGAAAAGCAAUACUGAGGUAGUGUUCAUGGGUUCAAUGUCCAUUCAGAAAUCUGAUGGUGAGGGGAAGAAGCUGUUCCUGAAACGCUGAGUGUGUGUCUUCAGGCUCCUGUACCUCCUCUUUCAUGGCAUAUUCUGGGUGAUUUUGGUCUGUAAUGAUGGAUGCUGCCACCUUUGAGGCAUUGCCUUUUGAAGGUGUCUUGGAUGCUGGGAAGGCUAGUGCUAAUGAUGGAGCAGGCUGAGUUUACAACUUUCGGGGGCUUUUUCUGAUCCUGUGCAGUGGCCCCUGUAUAUCAGAUGAUGAUGCAACUAGUUAGAAUGCUUUCCACGGUACAUCUGUACAAAUUUGCAAGUGUCUUAGGUGACAUACUAAUUUUCCUCAGACUCCUAAUGAAAUGUAGCUGCUGCCAUACCUUCUUUGUAAUUGUAAAUGUUGGGCCCAGGAUAGAUCCUCAGAGAUGUUAACAGCCAGGAACUUGAAACUACUCACCCUUCCCACUUCUGAUCUCUUAAUGAGGGCUGGUGUGUUCCCUCAACUUCCCCUCCUGAAGUCCAAAAUCAAUUCUUUAGUCUUACUGACUUUGAAUGUCACCUUUUUUUAAAUCCCUGUUAAUAGUUUGCAUAUAUUUUGUGGUGGAUGUGCAUGUACAAGAAUCUUACUCAUUUCCACCGGAACCUGAUUUAAGCCUAGACGAAGCAUUUGCUUCCAGUUCUUGUUGAAGUAUAUUUCUUUUAAUAUUAAGUAUUUACAUUUUUUUCCCAGACAGACUCGCCUUCAUUUGGUAUUUCCAAUAAUGGACCACUGUAGACUUUGCAAAUGCUCUUGUGUAGGGAAUUCUGGAAUUUGGGCCAAAUGGUAAUCAAUUUCCAAGUCAGUAUUCUUUGUGACUUGGAGAACCUGCAGCCCUUGUUAAGUUGUAUAAGGCAGUAUUCUUGCAUAGUUACGCAUUAUCCACUCUAAGUAUUUUCCGAUAAUACAGUGUCCAGUGCUAGACAACAUUUUGGGGUAGAUUUAAUUUGGAGCAUCCCUAACUGCAUGCUCCUUAAUUUGAAUAAUAAUCACCCAUAUAAUAUCCGUCAAAUACAUUCAUAAGGUAUAGGAUGAGAUCUUUUCCUCUGUGUUCCAGUGAGAAUAAACCCAGUCUAUCUAAUCUCUCAUUAUAUCUGCAGCCCUCCAUGGUUGAUCUUUUCUGCGCACUAUCUAUUGCUACCACAUUCUAUAGUAUGGUGACCAGAACUGUACACAUACUCAGUGUGGUGUAAACCAAUGUUUUGUACAGCUGCAAUAUGACAUCCCAAUUGUUAUCCUCACUGCCUCAGUCUAUGAACACAAGUAUACUAAAUGCCUUUUUCACCACUCUGUCCAUCCGUGUUGCCACUUUCAGAGAGCUGUGGACUUCCAUCCCAAGAUCCCUCUGUAUGCCAACACUUCUAUAAUCCCUGCUUUUUCCUCUAUAUGACCUGCCAGAAUUUGACCUCCCAAAAUGCAUUAUCUCACUCUUGUGUGGAUGAAAUUCCAUUAGCCACUGCUCUACCCAUUUUCCAACUGACCUAUGUUCUACCUUUGCAUCUAUUACUCUAAUUUGCAUGCAAUUUGCAUACCUACCACUUUUACCACCAACAUUUGCACCCAAGUCUCAUGUAUAUUGGAAACAUCAAAACCCAGGCAACAGUCCCAGUUGUUCAUCACUUGUUACAGAUUUAGAACAUACAACAGUACAACACAGCACGAGCCCCUAGGCCCAUAACAUUGUGCAGACCUUUUAAUGUACUCAAACUAACCCAUGAGAUCAAUCUAAACCUUUGCUCUCACAUAGCCCUCCAUUUUUCUUCCAUCCAUGGCCUAUGCAGGAUUCUCUUAAAUGUUCCUAAUGUAUCCGCAUCUACCACCACCACUGGCAGGGCAUUCCAUGCACCCACCAAUCACUAUUUAAAAAUCUUGCUUCCGACAUUCUCCCCCCACCACUCCCAUUUGCUCCAAUCAUCUUAAAAUUAUGCACCUCAUAUUAGCCAUUUCUAAACUGGGGAAAAGUUUCUGGCUGUCCGCUCUAUCUGUGGCUCUUGCACAUCUUUUGCCCUCUUAUACACCUCUAGCAAGUCACCUUCCAUCUUUCUCCAUUUCAAACAGCAAAGCCCUAGUUUACUCAACCUAUCUUCAUAAGACAUGCUUUCUAAUCCAGGCAACAUCCUGGUAAAUCUCUGCACUCUCUAAAUCUUCCACAUCCUUCCCAUAAUGAGGUGACUAGAACUAAACACAAUAUUCCAAAUGUGCUCUAACCUGAGUUUUAUAGAGCUGCAACAUUACGGCAUGGCUGGUAAACUCAGUCCCCUGAGUAAUUAAGGCCAACAUGCCAUAUGCCUUCUUAACCACCCUAUCAACUUGUGAGGCAACUCUGAGGGAUCUAUUUACACCCUUCCACUACUACCUUGUGCCUUCUAUCACCAAGGUUUACAGCAAGGCUUUGUCAGAAUCAGAUUUAGUAUCACUGAUGUAUCUCGUGUAAUUUGUUGUUUUGUGGCAGCAGUACAUUGCAAUACAUAAUAAUAAAUUUUAAUAAGUAUAUACAAAAGUACUGUGCAGAAGUCAUGGAUACAUAUAUAACUAGAGAGCCUAAGAUGUUUGCACAGCAUUGUUAGUAAUUUUAUGUAUUGCACUGUACUGCCAUAAAAAAUAACAAAUUUCAGGAUAUAUGUGUGAAAUGAUGAACCUUAAGAGUGGGAAAGAGCAGGGAGAGGGAGCGGGAAGCAUUAGAGAGGCAUUCCAUAAUCAAUAAACAAAUUGCUUGGCAUCAAAUGACCUUGUCUGGUGUCAGGGCUGGGUGUGUCUGUAACCAUGCCAUCCAUUUGCUCUGGCAUUCCUCUGCCAUCUGUCCCACACCCCUUCUGCAGUGCUCCACCCUCGCCAUUCCCAACAUCCUUUACUAUGUAUGUGUGUGUAUAUAUAAAAAAGACUUUUGAACAGUACUGUAUAUAUGUGAAAAAUAAUGCAAAUAAGAGAGAGAAAAAAUACUGAAGUGUUCAUGGGUUCAUUAUCCAUUCAGACAUCUGAAGACGGAGGAGGAGAAGCCAUUCCUAAAACAUUGUGUCUUUAGGCUCCUGUACCACCAGCUCAGUAGUAGCACUGAGAAGAGGGCAUGUUAUUUGCUGCCUUUUUGAGGCAACACCUUUCAAAGGUGUCCUGGAUGUUGGGGAGGCUAAUGCCCAUGAUGGAGCUGGCAGAGUUUACAACUUUAUGCAGCUUUUUCCGAUCCUGUGCAAUACCACUUCCUUAUCAGAAUAUGAUACCUAAUAGUCGAUGUGAAGAAUACAAAGCAAAUUUAUAAAUGGUGCAUAAACAUUACUGUGGAUUAAAUUUUACCCAAUUGCCUUUUUUUCUGUAGAAAAUAUUUCAUGACUAACUGUGACCACUUCAGUUUCUAGUCGAGGUCACUGAUUUUAUUCUUCACCUACAGUAAAUAAAACUUGAAUACAAAAUCAAGCAGAUUCUAACAUUUGAAGACUCCUGACUUAAAUGUGAUUUCCAAGAUUAAAAGUCUGAUGCAAAAUACUGUUAGUCUCCCUUGAAACCAACUAAUAAUACAACUUUGUACAUUGAGUUUUCUCAUGGCCAUUUGAUAGUAUUGAGUGUUUUAGCAGUCUUUGUGAAAGUAUCUUUUCUACAUUACAAAAGUGAGAUUUUCUAGUGCUUGAUACCUCAAUAAGAUAAUGCUGGAAAUGCUCACUCACAAGCUCGGAAGGCUAACUGUGUUCUAAUCAGAGGUGUUCAACAAAAUGGUUACCAAUCUGCAUGCACCCCAAUGUUUACAAAGUUGCCUGGUUUAAUAGAUUAAUGACACUGCUUUAAAGGGAAGGAAUUUUCCUUGAUCUUGUGCAAAAUUCAUCCUUUAACCAAUGUCUAAAAAUAAAUAUUUUGGUCACCAUUAUACACAGCAAGUUUCAUAUACCAGUAUUUAGAUAUCCUGACUCUAUGCACAGCUUCAUGCAACAUGCCAAUAGGUAAGCUACUUUGAGUGUAUUUAUCCAUCCAUCUCUGGAGACCUAUAUCUCAUACCGCGACAAACACAAUCCAUUUUGGACCCCCAGGUGAAAUGAAAAAAUUAAUUCUUUGUCUCAUAUCCUGCUCCAGCCCUUCAGCAACCACCCAACUCUAUCUAACAUUGCUCUGCUCAAUUUACCAGCUGAUCAAUACUGUUCUUGGCAUUAGACACUGGGUCUUGUGUAAUAGCCUCUCAAAUACAUAAUUGAAGAUGAAACAA